CCUCCAAUUUUAUCAAAAUAUCUAUUCAUAUCUAUCCAUAUUCUUUUAUAAAAUCCUAAUUUCUAACCCUAAUUCCCAAAUCAAACUCAAAAACCCUAAUUUCCCAAAUUGGAAACCCUAACCCUAGAGACCCCAUCCCUCACCCACGGAAGCCUCACAGUAAGAAAAGGGGGGGGGAAUGGAAACAGGGGAAGAUGGGAAUCAGAGAAGAGAAAAGGGAAUCAGAGAGGAAGGGACGGCGCUACGGCUAGGGCUCGCCGCCGUCGCAGUCGCCGUCGCGCCUUGCUGCGCCGUCACCACCGUUCCAUGGAACCGCCGCCGUCAUCGCACUCCGUCACACCCUGCCGUGUCUUGCUCGCCGUCGUGCCAUCCACCCACGCCGAGAAGGAAGAGAGAAACAGAGGAGAGUGGCGUCGCGUUUGCUGCAAGCUCGCCACCGAGGAAAGCCGGCUUCGUUGCCGUUCAUCCUUGUUGUCGCCGUCGCCGCUGGUCUGCCUUGGAGCCGUCGUCGAGUAGAACGCAAGGAAGAGGAGUUCUCGUCACUGUUGUGCACCCAGUCAUUACUGCUGCUUUGCAUCCCGCCGUUGAUGCUGCCGCCACUGCCACAACCACCCUUGAGCUGCUGCACUGCUGUUGACCUAUUGAACCACCACCCGAGCUGCUGUUGGCUUGUCGCUGCUAUUUGUUGGGUUCAAGAUCGCUGCUGCUAUUCUUGCUCUACUCUGCUUCUGCUUCUAGUUUCUGGAACCUGACAAAAAUGCCACUGCCGCUGCUGUCGCUGUUGCUCUGGAUCCAUUAUGAACUGUUAUCGUCGCUGUUUGGUUGAUGCUGAGGCCUUCCAUCAUCACUAGAGCUUCCCAGAAUCAUCGUGGUUACCGCCGAGAGAGCUGAAUGGGUGCUAGAAACUACUAACGGAGUUGUCCUGUUUGAUGAUUUUCGUGAGUGACGACGUUGAGAUAGGGGAUUUAUUUUAAAGUUAACCAUUUUAAUUUAUGAAUGCCAAUGAAUUUUAGUGAAUAAUUGUGAAUAAUUUACAAAUAUUUUGUGUGAUUAAUUGACUGAAAUGAACUCAGUUUGAGGUUGUGAAAUUUGAAUUAAGUUUGGUAUUAAGAUGAUGUUUUAGUAUUUCAAUC